AUGAGUCUCAAAAAUGAUAUCAUCAAUGAUGGUAUAAGAAACAUGAGAAGGGGUGUUAGAGGUAAACAAGAAUAUAAUGAACUAAAAAAAGGACAUUGGAGGCCUGCGGAGGAUGCAAUACUAGCAAAGUAUGUGAUGAAAAAUGGUGAAAGCAAUUGGAACGAUCUUCAACGAAAGGGUUUAUUGAUGAGAUGCGGGCAAAGUUGUAGGCUUCGAUGGGUUAACCAUUUAAGGUCUAAUAUCAAGAAAGGGGCUUUUACUCUGGAAGAAAAAAGUAGGAUCGUAAGACUCCAUGCAGAAUACGGCAAUAGAUGGUCAUUUAUUGCUCUUCACCUUCCAGGACGAACAGAUAACGAGAUAAAAAAUUACUGGUACGCCAGGUUUAAAAGACGAGUUCGUAAUGGAUUACCUGUUUACCCUCCUGGAAUUCAUCAACAUAUCAAGCGUCGAGAAUUUUUCCAUCUGCAACCAAAAAAACCUCCACAGAGCCAAAAACAACUUUAUAUUUCAUCAUCAUCAUCAUCAUCAUCAUUCCUUGAAAAUCUUGAUUUCAACCCAAGCAUAUCUUCAUUAUCUUCCUCAUAUGUAGAACACCCUAGUUUCAAUUGCAUCCCCACUUCAACAUCUUUUUUGCAUCAAACAAACAUGGCCGCUUCAUCAUUAUCAUCCUUAGUUCAGGCAAACCCUGAUUACAAUCACUUUGACUUUAUGUCUCUAAUGGACCCAAUGAGCUACCCAUUUCUACUUAAUUCUUCAUAUCACCUUGAUUUCAUGCCUUAUUCCAACCUUGAUAAUUAUAAGAAUGAUGGUCUCACCUUUACAAUGCCACCCCCUCAAAACCUAUCUCUUUCGAGCUCACCUUAUAUGCCUCUAUUUGAUAAAACCCGACAAAUCACUUCAUUAGGCAUGAAUCCUAUCUCUCAAAUGGAUGAAGCUUUUUCCUCUAAAAAUUUUGAACUAUAUAUACCUUCAAUCCGUUCAUCUGUUCCAUCAAUUACACCAACUUACUCUUCAACUAACAUGAAUAAUGUGAAUUGUGAUACAGUAUCUGUACCAAAUGGUAGUUACAUGACAUCUAUGGAUGCCUCAAGCUCUAGAUUUUCAUUAAUCGAUAUGGGACUUAAAUCGCAAGCAAAAUUUUUUAAGGAUUUAAACAUGAUGAACAAUGAUAGUUGCAGCUGGCUAGAAAUCCCACCAAAUAGACCCCCUAAAGAACUAGAAGAAUUUUUGGAUGAUUCAUAUACCAAACCACCCAAUCCUUCAACUGGCAUAAUUUUUGAAUCAAUAGACAACCUACAGAGUGAAGUUCUGUGCUCUUAUGUUUCUUUACCAAAUGGUAAUGAUAUGACAUUUAUGGAUGACUUCAACUCUGGCUUUUUACCAAAUGAUAUGGAAGUCAAAUCCAAAAAUAAUGAUUUUGAGGGUGUCAACAUGAUGAUCAACGAUAACUGGUGUAACUGGAGUUGGCUAGACUUCCCACCAAUUGGACCUCCUAAUCAUCUGAAUCAAGAUAACAAUGAUGCAAUCAACCCAAUGGAACAAAGCCAGGACUGGUCUCCAGGUUAA